AUUGUGGUGUCUACUAAUCAUCUAGGCAGGUGGAGAGGGAUACUUAUAAAGGAAAUGACCUUUACAGUGUUUGGCUGUGCCAUACUUUUAGCUGAUGAUUGUGUUCUGUUCUUUCUUCUAGUGUCAACAGGCUACAAUUUACGCCUACAGUGACUUCUAUUGCCCCUUUGAGCUUUUGCUUGGAGAUUCUUAAGAAGUGAAAGAGUGAAGAAAGUCUGUGGUCUUCUUUAUGCUUUUAACCAUGUGUAGACAAGAAGAUCCCAUGAAAUUGGUCACUUGGAUCUGGAUGGUCUCCUGCAAUAAGAUGAUAGGGGUCCUGCUUGUCUUUUUUCCUGCUAUCCUCUUGGAGAUGGACUUUCUCCCCAAGAAUACUGGGAGAAAGGUUUUGGUUUCAGCAGCUACCUCCCAAAGAUCAGUAGCCAGAAUGGAUGGGGAUGUCAUUAUAGGAGCCCUCUUUUCAGUCCAUCACCAACCCCCAGCUGAGAAGGUGCCAGAAAGGAAGUGUGGUGAGAUCCGAGAGCAAUAUGGCAUCCAGAGAGUUGAGGCCAUGUUUCACACUUUGGAUAAGAUAAACUCAGACCCAUUUCUGCUGCCCAACAUCACUCUUGGCAGUGAAAUUCGAGAUUCCUGCUGGCAUUCUUCAGUAGCCUUGGAACAGAGUAUUGAAUUCAUAAGGGAUUCUUUGAUCUCUAUCCGAGAUGAAAAAGAUGCCCUGGGUCGUUGCCUGCCAGAUCCUUUAUAUCACCACCAGAUCAGGGCUAAAAAACCCAUUGCUGGUGUCAUUGGUCCAGGUUCCAGUUCUGUAGCCAUCCAAGUGCAAAAUCUGCUUCAACUUUUUGAUAUUCCUCAGAUUGCUUAUUCUGCAACCAGUAUUGAUCUGAGUGACAAAACUCUAUACAAAUAUUUCUUGAGGGUGGUUCCAUCUGACAUUCUGCAAGCUAGAGCCAUGCUUGACAUCGUCAAACGUUACAACUGGACAUAUGUAUCUGCUGUGCAUACUGAAGGAAACUAUGGAGAGAGUGGCAUGGAAGCUUUCAAGGAACUGGCUGCACAAGAAGGCCUUUGUAUUGCGCAUUCAGACAAGAUCUACAGCAAUGCGGGAGAAAAAAGCUUUGAGAAGCUGUUACAGAAGCUCCGGGACAGGUUGCCAAAGGCUAGAGUUGUGGUUUGUUUCUGUGAAGGGAUGACCGUCAGAGGAAUCCUCAUGGCUAUGAGACGCAUGGGAGUACUUAGAGAGCUUCUACUGAUUGGGAGUGAUGGAUGGGCAGAUAGAGAUGAAGUCAUUGAAGGUUAUGAAGCAGAAGCAAGUGGAGGCAUCACCAUUAAGCUGCAGUCUCCAGAAGUCUUAUCAUUUGAUGACUACUUUUUGAAAAUAAAACUGGAGACCAACAAAAGAAAUCCUUGGUUCCCUGAGUUUUGGCAACAUCGUUUCCAAUGCCGCCUGUGGGGUCAUCCACUAGAGAACCCCAACUUUCGAAAGAAUUGCACUGGAGCAUCAGCAGAAUUAAUUGUCCUGGGUUACAAAUAUGACAUCAUGAACCUGCAACAGAUAGAAUCUAACCGUUAUGAUUAUGUCCACAUCGGGACUUGGCACGAAGGAGUCUUGAAUAUCGAUGAUAAUCGAAUUCAAAUGAACAAAACCGAAAUGGUCCGGUCUGUAUGUAGUGAUCCAUGUUUGAAAGGUCAAAUUAAGGUUAUAAGGAAAGGAGAAGUGAGCUGCUGCUGGAUUUGUACAGCUUGCAAGGAGAAUGAAUUUGUGCAAGAUGAGUUCACAUGCAAAGCCUGUGAGCUGGGAUGGUGGCCAAAUAAUGAGCUGACAGGCUGCCAACCUAUCCCUGUAAAGUAUCUGCAGUGGAGUGACAUAGAGUCCAUUGUAGCAGUGGUCUUCUCUUGCCUGGGCAUCCUGGUCACCAUGUUUGUUACCCUUAUAUUUGCACUGUACAGGGAUACCCCUGUCGUCAAAUCCUCUAGCCGGGAGCUGUGCUACAUAAUACUUGCGGGGAUCUUCCUUGGUUAUAUAUGCCCUUUCACUCUCAUUGCUAAGCCCACAAUCACUUCAUGCUACCUCCAGCGUCUCCUGGUGGGGCUUUCCUCUGCCAUGUGCUACUCUGCCCUUGUAACAAAAACCAACCGCAUUGCACGCAUUCUGGCAGGGAGCAAGAAAAAAAUUUGCACCCGCAAACCACGCUUCAUGAGUGCUUGGACCCAAGUAGUCAUUGCCUCCAUUUUGAUCAGUGUACAGCUGACAUUGGUGAUUACACUGAUCAUCAUGGAGCCCCCUUUCCCCAUCCUUUCCUACCCCAGUAUCAAGGAAGUCUUUCUGAUCUGCAACACCAGCAACUUAGGUGUGGUUGCCCCAGUGGGCUACAAUGGACUUCUCAUCAUGAGUUGCACUUACUAUGCUUUCAAAACUCGCAACGUGCCGGCCAAUUUCAAUGAAGCCAAGUAUAUUGCCUUCACUAUGUAUACAACGUGCAUCAUUUGGCUUGCCUUUGUACCU